CUCAGCACAGUACUCAGUGUCAGCCAGAUGAAUAGGGCUCAUUGAGUGAUGGCCAGAUGAAAAUGACGACUCAUCGAAAAAAAGCAGAUGUUUUUGAAUUCAAUACUAGUGUUCCAGAAGUGCUGUGAGGUGUCAGACCAGCAUAUACAACGAGCUUUGGGUAUAUCAUCAUCUGCGACGCAAAGUAUUCAGUAAGUAAGUCUUCCACCUCUUAAGGCAAUUAGCAACAUCUUUCUCGUCUUAAACUUCUUCUCUUAGACAUUCUUAAUGACGGGAUUAAAGGUCUUGCGUAAUAGGUGUUCAAAUUGAUGUGCUGGAAGCUGAAAAUGUGUAAGCGUACAACUUUACUACCGAAGACUAAUGCUCACUGUCUUUCUACCAAAGUCCGCCCUCUCCCUUGUGCCUAAUACUCGUUGGACAGCUCUAAUACUCGUCGGACUCACUUCACCCCCGUCCCGAAAAUGAUUCCACCUUGAUAACUUGAGUUGCAUUCUUUUUGAUUUGCCCGAGUCACAUUUACUUUAUUAACUCUAGGGCGAUGUCUCAUUGCACCUUGAUAACUUGCUUCACACUCACACACUAAUAGCUAUAGCUUAGAAUCAAAGUUGAUCAGUUGUCUGGUAUGAAAGUUGAUCAGUUGUCCCGUAGUUGUCUUUAAUCUACAUCGUUAUCUGCAAGAAGAGGAAAAAUGUUGCAGAGUGGUGCAGCGCAGUCGCCGUCCAUGGCGUUCCGGUUUCCGAGGACCGGGUUGGUCUCCCGCAACCGUACCGUUCUAGCGGCCAUGACAAACCGCCAGUCCUUUCCAGAUGGAACGCUGUCAAAUUAUGACCAUUAGCAUUUCUACUUCUUUUUCUUUUUGGGUUUCGUAGGUAGGCUCUCUCCACCAUUACCAUUAGCAGAAUCUAGAAGAUCAAGAUCCACCAUCAAGCAACCUCUCUAUCUAGCAAACGAUCCACGAUAUCUUUUAUCUAUACUUGAAACUAUAAUUAUCAACCCAUCAAUGCUUCAAUAACUCAACUGCUUGCCUUUUUUGCCUCAACCUCUAACAUUUUUUACCUCGUCAACCAACUUCUUAGAUUUAGACUAGUAGUGAUGCCCCACUGCCUAGGACGAUUGAGUCUCUUCUCUCUACUGUUUAUUGUUCAUAGAGAAGAGGAAAUCUUCUACCUACUGUAUAUUAGAGUCGAGGAAAUCUUCUCUCUGACCGCUAGGAGUCUGUUCAUACAACAGAGGAAAUCGAUUUUUUAG